AUGUAUCCGAUCCAGCAAGUAAUCAGCCCAGUGGCUUUUCCCAACCCAACCGUGACAGUCGCCUCGGGGAUUGUCAUCGGGACCACGCAGGCCCUCCCCUCCAGUACAGAAACAGCCAAUGUGUAUCUGGGGAUCCCCUACGCCCAGUCGCCCCCCGUGCGAUUCGCACCUCCCGAAGAGCCAGCGCCAUGGCCGUCUCCCAUCUAUGCCCAGGAGUUCAAACCCUCCUGUAUGCAGGUCUUUGCCGACUUCAACAGUGCGUAUACCGUGCUCCUUGUAUUGGAAUCCCGCCAACCAACCAUGCAGAGAUGCCGCAAGCCGACGGACGAGGACUGUCUGUAUCUGAAUGUCUGGACUCCUGGGGGAUCGAAUGCCACAGACCUAGCGGUGAUGGUCUGGAUUUAUGGCGGGAAUCUGGCCUGGGGCACAUCAUCAGACCCAUUCACAGCGGGCACCGCCCUCGCCGUCCGUGAAAACAUCAUCGUCGUGAGCUUCAACUAUCGUCUAAGUAUCUUUGGCUUCUCCCACUCGCCCUCCCUUCCCCUCACCCACCGCAACGCAGGUUUCCUCGACCAACGUCUCGCCCUAGACUGGGUACAGCGCAACAUCCACGAAUUCGGCGGCAACGCGUCCAAAGUGACCAUCUUCGGCCAGUCCGCCGGCGGCUACUCGGUGCAACAACUGCUGGCUGCACCCCCGGGCCCGAAAGACCGACCCCCCUUCCGCGCCGCGAUCAUGCAGUCGUUUGCGCGCGCGUUCGGCGGCAACGGGACAGCCAACUACCUCAACGCGGCGGAGCACUUCAACUGCACCGAGAAAGACGAGGAGGUCCUCGCAUGCCUGCGCCGCGUCGACGCAGUCGAGCUACGCGACUACGCCGCGCAAGCAGAACUCGACUUCGCCCCCGUUGAGGACCACCACACGUGUAUCACUAACGUAACGGACCACAUCCUGAACGGGCCGGGGUUGGCGGACGUGCCGCUGCUACUGGGCUCCACGCGCGACGAGCUCAGUGGCAUGGUGUACGCCCUGUCCUCCAACGCCACGGACCCGGUGCACACCACCUGGCAUCGCGUGCACGACCGACUGAUCAGUACCGGGCUGCGGCACGAUCCUCCGUUCGCGACAACAGCCGAGGAGAUACGGAAACAGGCGGACGAGGCAGCAGCGAAGCUCCUCUCCUCCUCCUCCUCCUCCUCCUCCUCGUCGCUGUCGAAGAAUAAAUACGGCCCGCUUGUUCGUCUCGCUAGCGAUAUCGUCUUUACUUGUCCGACUAGUCGAGCUUGCAAUGUGACUACCGCCAGCAGCAGCAGCAGCAGCAGCAGCAACAAACGCAGGUCCGGUGUCUGGCGGUAUCGGUGGUCAACGGAGGCGGCGCCCCCCGGGACGAUCAUCCCCAAUCACGGGGCGGUGCACGGGGCGGAGAUCCCCGCCAUCUUCGGCACGUAUCCGCCAGACAUGCCCGCGGACACGCUGGCCAUGACUGUCUACAUGCAAGAAUUAUGGGCGGGGUUCGCCAAGCAUCCCGUCGCCGGGCCUGAUUUCAACCCCUCCGAACCGCAUGACCAGCCCACUGUGGCUGACUUGUGGUACAAUAGUUCGUCCCAUAAGGUUGAUGUCGCUGUCACCGAGGUCGACGGUUGGUGUGUGUGGCUGUUGCCCGUCGCGGAGCGGUUGGGGUUUACUUGGUAA